AUAAAACGAGAAUAUCAUUGAGAAACAAUGGAACAAAAGUUUGGAAAACAAACCGCGAGACUUGUACUCUUCGAGAUGAUUCGUACAUUUUUAUUUGGAUUUCUCUAUGUCUACGGUCACGCAACAGACAUUGACUUCUCCAAGACUGUUCCCGGUUAUUUCGAUAUAGAUCCGCUUCUACCAUUCGAAUUCCCAUCGAAAUAUGGUGAUGAUGAUGGCAGCAGAAUAGUGGGCGGUAUGGAGUCUAUUCCAAAUUCGAGACCCUACCAGGCAGCUGUUUAUAUUUUUUUUAAUGCUACGCACGGCUCCUUUUGUGGUGGUUCCCUAAUCAACCCGAUGACAAUUCUAACUGCGGCUCAUUGCGUGGAUAAUACCUCAUUGAAUUUGACGAUAGUUCUGGGAGCCCAUUCUCUUCCUUCAAACCCUGCAAACACAACACACAUAUCUACCGGCGACAUCGUGUUGCAUCCCAACUGGACACGUUCAACUUUGAUGAACGACAUCGCUAUCGUAAGGCUGCCUUCUCCUGUAGAAUUAAGUGACCGCAUAAAUACGGUAUUGCUGCCACGAGACGACAGUCACGAUUAUUUAGGCAACACCACCCUCGUAAGUGGUUGGGGUCGACCCGCCGACACUGUAGGAACCAUUUCACCAGUUUUGCGAGAAGUUUCGUCGUUCGUCAUCAGUCAACACGCGUGCAACCUUGCCUAUUUGGGCAUGAUCGACCCGUCACAUAUUUGCAUCUCAGGGGCAUACGGCAGGGGUACUUGUAAUGGCGAUUCGGGAGGACCACUGGUCGUCAACGGAGUUCAGAUAGGCGUGGUGUCUUUUGGCAUUACGUACGGCUGUGAAGUAGGCUGGCCACCCGUAUUCGCUAGGGUAACCUCCUAUUUGGAUUGGAUAGCUCAGAAUUCGGCGAAUGUGACAGCAUACUACUAAUCGUUGAUUGAAAACAUCGAAACCCCGUGGUUCGCGGACAUUAUUUGCAUGUUUUUUCAGUGUUGAUUUUAUUUUUUAUCCAUUUUUAUUCACUAUUUAAUAAAACCAUAUAACAAAAUAAA